AUGCCCUCAAAAUCAGCCGCUAAGAAACGUGCGGGCAGACCUUCUGGAGGAGCCAAGUCCCCUCCAGAAGGGUUGCAGGCACCAGGGACUGGCGAUGAUGCCCAGCGAGAACAACCUUUGCAAACGUAUGCUAUAUGCAGAUUUAUCUGCAAAAAGACGUUCCGAAAUCACAAUCCCGAAGCAACGAAUCGGCGGAAACGGAACCGCAAGCCUUUGGAAGAGGUUUCUGGCAACUCGUCAAAGGCUGCGGCGACGGAUGCUCUGAGGACUGUGCAAGAGGUUGAAAACUCGCAUGUCUUGCUGCUGUCGAAGAAACGGAAGGAGAUUUCUCCGGAGGAGUCACGCAGCAGGAUAGAAGAGGUCUCGCACGAGGACCACGAGGACGAGAGAGCUAGGAAACGGCUACGCGAGUCCUCUGAUCAGAUGUUUGAGUUCGCUGAACAGCCAUAUGGUGAUCCUGAGCGCAUUGCCGAGAGUACUACUACCGGAGCACUCGACCUGUUGAAGGAGCGCAAUUCACUUGAAGGGACAUCACAGUGGGAUGAUGUUGGUAUGCUCCAGGGCACCGAGAAUGAACUUGCACGUCCGCCAUCGCCAGAAGUUGGUAUUGGUGAUGCCUGCAACGGUCCAUGCUCCGACCAGGAAUCAUUGUCUUCUCUGUCUUCCGGGGCUGGAGAAACAAGUGAAGACCAGGCACUUCGGGACCGACAAGAUAUUCUCCGGACACUGCACCUUCGCGAGCGACUUGAACAGACGGCAGCUGAGAGCAUCUCCGAGACAGAAUCCUCUGCUUCAAAUACUCCUGACCCAGAUGAACCACUUCCCGUCACCUCAACAAUCGAAACUGUUCGCUUUGCAGAGGAAUUCGUCAGUGCUAUCAGUGUGGCUACCCUCGACGGCGAUAAACUCGACGCUGCAGUUCUGGACCGACUUCGGAACCCUCAGCCUCCUAUGAAGGAUCGCGACCUGGAAAAACAUAGACUCUCUCUCGACCUCUAUUUGGACUGCAAAACUGGAGCAGAGGACGUUUACAAUUCAGUUCGGGCAACACUAAUGCGGCAUCAACCUGGACUGGACAUUCUUUCGCUCUAUUCUGUCCGGCAGCUCAUCGAGACAGUAACUGGUAUCUCUCCAGUAUACGACGACAUGUGCAUCGAUGGCUGCUGUGCCUAUGUCGCCUUUCUGAAGGAUAAACUCGUCUGCUUUGUGUGCGGGAAGCCUCGUUACCUCGAUAAUACGGGCAAUAAGCUUGUGCCUUAUCAACAGGCAUGCACCAUUCCGCUCGGUCCCCAGCUACAAGCCCUCAAGCAGUCGAAAGACGGUGCUCUAGCCAUGCAGUACCGGGCGCGGAAGAUGCAGGACAUUCUCGAUGCUCGUUCUCGUGGAAUUGACAUUCCCUUUGACGACAUAUUCUCUGGGUCUGAUCUAAUCAAUUUGGGCAAGAUUCUGGAUGUACCACCACCUAACGAGGACGACAUUCUGAUUGGGCUCUCAAUCGACGGUGCACAGCUCUACCAGGACAAAAAGUCCGACACCUGGUUCGGAAUUUGGAUUGUCUAUGACUAUGAUCCCCUUAUCCGCUACAAACGACGUCACAUCCUUCCCGCGUUCAUCAUCCCUGGCCCCGAGAAACCCAAAAAUGUCGAAUCCUUUCUUUUCCGAUCCUUAUAUCACCUGUCAGCCCUUCAGCGUGAAAACAGUGGUGCCGGAUUCAAGCUCUACGACGCACUCAAGGGCUCUGUUGUCACAUCGCGGCCCUUCUUUGUCUUUGGGACUGCCGAUACUGUCGGUCUGGUUGAGUUGGACGGUCGAGUUGGUCAUCAGGGAGCUAAGGGCUGUCGGUUAGGCUGUCCGAUGAAAGGUCGCCACAAGCCAAACGUUGGCGUCUACAACCCUGCCCAUCUGAAGCCCAAUGACUACACUGUCGACGGCUGUGAUCAUCCAGAUUACGACUUCCGCAACAUUCAGAACCCGACCGUUCAGAAGUAUCGUACCGACCUGAAGACAGUUGCUGCAGCACGCACCCAGACUGCAUAUGAAAAGGCUAGGCGCAAUACUGGUAUCUGCAAGCCAACAUUGAUCUCAGGACUCCGAUACGCUCUUCCUCCUCCUAAAUGUUUCACAGUCGACCUCAUGCAUCAUUUGUUCCUCAAUAUCCCUGUCGCUUCUCUGGAUCUCUGGCGUGGAGUUAUGAAAUGCGACUCUACAGACACCAAAAAAGACUGGGACUGGGUUGUAUGUCAAGGGAAGAAGUGGGAGGAGCAUGGGAAACUCGUCGAUGAAGCCAAGAAGUAUACGCCCUCUUGGUUUGAUCAUUUUCCACGGAACCCCGCACUCAAGCUCAACAGCGGCUUUAAGGCGACAGAAUUCAAACGGUACUUCUUCGAACUAGGCCCUGUUCUGUUCCGCACUCUCCUUCCCGACAAAUAUUACCAGAACUACAUCAAGCUGGUGCGUGCCGUACAGAUCCUUGUUCAGAAGCGUAUCACCUUGAAGGAGCUGCAAGAAGCCCACAAGCUGCUGAUACAAUAUGUCGAGGAGUUUGAGCAUCUUUACUACCAACGUCGAGCCGACCGUCUUCAUUUCUGUCGUCCGUGCAUCCACACUCUCCUCCAUCUAGCAAAAGAAGUCCACCGAGUAGGACCAGGUGCUUACACCACACAGUAUACGUUGGAAGGGACGAUUGGGCUGCUUACAAGAGAUAUCCGGCAGCAUUCCACACCCUUCGCUAACGUCAUCCAAAUUGGUGUCCGCCGUUCCCAGUACAACGCCCUCCAAGCAAUUUAUCCCCAAUUUGCGGAGGCUCCAAAAUCCCUUCCCGAGCAUUCCAAAGAAUGUGGCAAUGGCUACAUUCUUCUUCCUCCCAGAAGUGAAUCCGCGACCACUCUUCAUUCUCCUGAGCAGUAUGCUGCAAUUUUUAACGCAACUGGUCUCAAGGUUGUCCGAAGAUGGGGGAAGAUUAUUCUUCCCAAUGGCCAGACAAUACGGAGCCGCUAUCAGCAGGACCGACCCACCACACUCAACCGAAGGGUAACGCGAAUGGUGAAGCUCCAAUAUGAGGACUCUAUUGCCUAUGGCGAGAUACAAUUCUUUUUUCAUCAUCAAGGGGACGCUUACGCCCUCGCCUCGCUAUUCUCUGAGCCCAACACUCAGAUACACGAGGAGACACUCAGCGCCGUUUCAGCGCGACACUAUCUUGGAAACAAUAACCUUGUGGUGGUCAAAUCUGACCAAAUAUUAACUCUAGUUUCGAUGCAGCCUCUCCCACCAAAAGCUGGUGAACCGCCAAAUUUAUGGGUUGUGAUGGGAAAGCUAGGUGUAGACGAGCUGCGACCAAUGGAAGAUGUUGGCCCUGAUGGGGAAGAGAAUAGUCUUUCUGCAAUACGCGAACGGGUUAUUACCUGGCUAGAGCAGUGCGGCGAUGCAGACAUAGGGAACCGUUUACCCUGUGGCCAUCGUCAUGAUCUCCCGCUAUCUGACAAUGACUGGGUGGUACCUACCUCAGAUGACAUAGAAAUCGAGCCGUACACAUUCACCAAUGUAAAGGAAGAUGGCAGUGACUCUGAGGACCAUCGCCCAAAGAAGAAGGCUAAGAGCAAGAAAUCACUUGAAGAGGCCCUUAAAAAUAUUGACGAGAGUCUCGUCGAUAUUGAAGAGGAGAUUAUCCUAACUUUGGAGGGGUACGACUAG